CUGCCGGCCGGCUCUCCCCGCGCGCGGCCUCGCCGCCAUGAGGUGCCACUACGAGGUGCUGGGAGUGCGGCGCGACGCGGCCGAGGAGGAGCUGAAGCGGGCCUACCGGCGGCUGGCGCUACGCUGGCACCCGGAUAAAAACCUUGAGAAUGCUGAGGAAGCUGCAGAACAGUUCAAGUUAAUCCAGGCAGCGUAUGAUGUGCUCAGUGACCCUCAGGAGAGAGCCUGGUACGAUAACCACAGGGAAGCUCUGCUGAGAGGAGUGGAUGGAGACUAUCAAGAUGAUAGUUUGGAUCUGUUGCACUACUUCACUGUUAGCUGUUAUUCUGGAUAUGGAGAUGAUGAAAAGGGAUUCUUUACAGUCUAUCGACAUGUUUUUGAGCAAAUUGCAAAAGAAGAGAUGGAAUACAUGACUCAUGAAGAUAUUGAAGAAUUCCCUACAUUUGGGUAUUCCCAAAGUGACUAUGACACGGUAGUCCAUCCUUUCUAUGCCUAUUGGCAGAGUUUCUGUACUCAGAAAAACUUUGCUUGGAAAGAAGAAUAUGACACACGACAAGCAUCAAACCGCUGGGAGAAACGAGCUAUGGAAAAAGAGAACAAGAAAACUAGAGAUAAAGCAAAAAAAGAGAGGAAUGAAUUAGUCCGUCAGCUAGUAGCCUUUAUUCGUAAAAGAGACAGAAGAGUACAAGCUCACAGAAAACUUGUAGAAGAACAGAAUGCAGAAAAACUUAGGAAAGCCGAGGAAAUUCGGAGGCAGCAAAAACUCAAGCAAGCCAAGCUUGCUGAGCAGUAUAAAGAGCAGAGCUGGAUAACUAUGUCAGACCUGGAGAAAGAACUGAAAGAGAUGGAGGCACAGUAUGAAAAGGAAUUUGGAGAUGGAUCAGAUGCUGAAGUUGAAUUGGAAGAACAGGAGAAAAAAGAAGGCAUUGAAGAGAAACUGAGUGAUGUGGCUGAAGAAGCUGAAUAUAAUGAUGAUCUCUACUGCCCUGCUUGUGACAAAUUGUUAAAAACUGAGAAAGCCAUGAAGAAUCAUGAAAAAUCAAAGAAGCAUCGAGAGAUGGUAGCACUGUUACGACAGCAACUGGAAGAAGAGGAAGAGAAUUUUCCUGCAUCUUCAGAUGAUGUGAAUGGAAUACAUACCAAAGAGGAGGAAGAAAUGGGAGAGAUGCCCAAACAGAAACUCUCCAAGAAGCAGAAGAAGAAACAGAAAACGAUGAAUUAUCAGGACUCUUUUGAUAAAAGUGCUGAUGAGGAAACAAUUGAGCAAAAGGAGUUUCCCUGUGUGGACAAGGACAGUGGCCCAACAGAGCAGUCUGUAAAUGAUGACCAAAGAUGUCCUGUGUCAGAGGAAGCAAGUGCUACAGAAGAUACUAGCCAAGUGAAUGAAGCACAGAGUGAAGUGAAAAGCAGCACUAAGCCUAAAGGUAAAAAAGCCAAGGAUGCAAAAAAGUCUGCUAAGGCAUCUUCAGAACACCAGACAAUGAAUGAAGUUCCCAUUCACUGUGUAACCUGCAACUGUACAUUUCCAUCCCGAAAUAAACUGUUUGAACAUCUAAAAGCAACAGGACAUGCAAAAGCAACACAAGCACCAUCUGUAAAUGGAGCUGUUCACACCAGAAGCAAAAAAGAGAAACGUAAAAACAGAUAGAACUUUGUUACAUUGACAGUCUUUAGAAUCAUACAGGAAAACUCUCCAAAACAUUGAAAAGUGUGCACUGGCUAUAUUCUGAGGUAAACUGAGAAGGCAGCUCCAGGUUUUGGUGGAAGAAACAAAAAGGAAAAAAAAAUGAAGAUGUGGAAGAUGUAACAAGAAGAAUUUUAUCCUGUGAAGCAGCUUUUGCUUUUGUUUGUUUUUACCAUUUUUACUGACUAAACUUGACCUAACUUUCUGACAGCUUUCAUGGUGAAGGGGCAAUACUGAUUCAGAGUUGCCUAGCAUUCCUGUCGAAACUUGUAUGGAUGGAGUAACUAUGCAGAGGGAAUAAAUUAUUUUACCACGUCACGGUUGUUUUCUUUACAGAGACAGAAAGCUGAUUUGAUGUUAAGAUUGGACUCUGCUGUUUUGAGCAUCUAUCAAAAAUGAAAUAUGAACAGCACAAGUGGAAAAGUAACCAUCAGUGGCCCCUUCAAAUUAACCAGCAGACAAAAGAGGAUAGAUGUCAAAGUUGGUUAAUUACAGUUUUAACAGUCCCUAUUAGUUUUGUUCAUGAUCCUGUGUGUUAAGGUGUUUGUGCUGGGGAGAGACAUCUUGUGGAAGAGCCUUGCUGGAAUAAGUGUGGGAGGGCAUAAACAACAGCUGAGGUGUCAGUGUUAAUGUAUGGGAGUUGACUUGCAUGCAGGGAUUCUGUCCCUUGGUACAUGCGCACUAGAUACUGCCAGUUGAGGGGAGAGUGGCAGGGGGUAUGGGCUGCUGUCCACGUGUGUUCUGUUUUCCUAAUGAAAAACAAAAUGGGAAUUAGUAUUACGUUUCUGUUUAAAUGCACAAUCUAAUUCAUUUUGAAUAGUACAAAAAAAAAAAAAGAUGAACACCUGAUUUUG